AUGCAGGAAGCCUACCUUGUCACGUCGAGGAAGUACAGCCCGGUGCCCAAGAACCAGCUGCUGACGCCCCUCAUCCUCCACGACGGCCGCCUCGUGCAGCGCCCGACGCCGCUGGUGGCGCUCGUCACCUUCCUCUGGAUGCCGUUCGGCUUCGCCCUCGCCCUCCUCCGCGUGUACAUCAACCUGCCCCUCCCGGAGCGCAUCGUCUUCUACAUCUACCACAUGAUGGGCAUCCGGCUCAUCGUGAAGGGGACCCCGCCGCCGCCGCCCAAGAAGGGGAGCCCGGGCGUGCUCUUCGUGUGCAACCACCGCACCGUGCUGGACCCCAUCGAGGUCGCCGUCGCGCUCGGCCGCAAGGUGAGCUGCGUGACCUACAGCAUCUCCAAGUUCUCGGAGCUCAUCUCGCCGAUCAAGGCGGUGGCGCUGACGCGGGAGCGCGACAAGGACGCCGAGAACAUCCGGCGGCUGCUGGAGGAGGGCGACCUGGUGAUCUGCCCCGAGGGCACCACCUGCCGGGAGCCCUACCUGCUGCGCUUCAGCGCGCUCUUCGCCGAGCUCACGGACCGCAUCGUGCCGGUGGCGAUCAACACCAGGGAGCACAUGUUCCACGGCUCCACCGUGCGCGGGUUCAAGCUCAUGGACCCCUACUUCUUCUUCAUGAACCCGCGGCCGGUCUACGAGGUCACCUUCCUCAACAUGCUGCCCAAGGAGCUCACCUGCGGCGGGGGCAAGUCGCCCAUCGAGGUCGCCAACUACAUCCAGAAGACGCUCAGCGACCAGCUCGGCUUCGAGUGCACCACCAUCACCCGCAAGGAGAAGUACGGCAUACUGGCCGGCACCGACGGGCGCGUCCCGUCCAAGAACAAGGACAAGGAGAAGAACUAG